AUGAUUCCAAAUUCAUCACUGUUGAAAAACAAUGGAAGCUUUUUCUCCAACUCUUCCUCCCAUCUCAUGGACAGAGAACAACGCAACUCUCGCUCCUCCGUCUUUCUUCUCCUCAUCAGCAUUUCUCUAACCGCCGCUUUGGUCACAAUUUACCACUGCAUCUCCAGAAUCUAUCGCCAGCGGCAAGGCCGUGAUAUGUCGCCGGAGUUCACCGCCACCGCCGUAGCAACAGAAGCCGACAUGAGUCUGUCCAUCGACUUGUCCACUGCUCAGUUGAUUGCUCCUGCACAAAGUUUUAAGAAACUGAAGUUAGUCGGCGGUGAAACAGCCGUCGCCGCCGGUGGCGGCGGGGGCGGCGGCGGCGGAGAGGAGACGACAUGUCCGGUGUGUUUGUCGGAGUUUGAGGAGGGGGAGGCGGUUCGAUAUUUGCCGGAGUGCGGGCACUGCUUCCACGUGGGCUGUAUUGAUAUGUGGUUCCGGUGGCAUUCUACAUGCCCGGUUUGUCGAUCUCAGACCCUUCUAGCUUCAACAUAG